AUGCCAAGCGCGCCGCCGCCCGCGUUUGACCCGAAGCGUCGCGGCCGGGCACCAUCGCCGCUGCAUAUGCGGCGCGCCGUGGUCGGGCGCGCCAUACCCAGCCAGCGCCCACCGUCCCCGCUGACAACGCGCUUCCAUGGACUGGACUGCCGACGCCCGCUGAUGCUUGCUAAGCUGACACCGACCACUCCGGAGGAGAAGCGUGCACCCCCACUCGAUCUAUCCCCGACCCGUGCGGUUUGCCUGUGGCUGGAGUGGCUGGACGAGCAGGAGGUUGAAGAUAAGAUGAGGGGCAACAUGGGUUCUUUAAAUGAUGUUGGAAGUGUAGAUGUCUUCUCUUGGAUAAGCUGUCUGGAUCUUCGCACUCUCGCUGCGCUGGCAAACUCCACUCUGUCCAGCUCAAGUGAUCCACAGAAUGUAUCUUUCCAUUUCUUAAUACCUAAAGGAGGCAACGUUAAGUUGUCCUACCACAAGCUAAAAGUCUUGCUACCUGAUUCAGAUCUCACUGUUACUAGUCAGAAGCAAAUCAAGGACAAGCUAAAUGUGGCCACUCCAGAAGGAAACUUUCUUUGGUCAUUCCACACGGAAUUGUCACCCUUUCUUAUCGCAAGAUCUCAGUUGUCCAAAAAGAGAUAUGUUUAUAUCGCUGCAGACUCCAUCAUAAAGGGUAAAGUCGAAGAUCUUGCUCGCAUGGAUUUAGGCAGCUAUGCCAUUGGCGCUGUUGAAGAUUGCAGCAAGCGUCUCAAUGAUUAUAUCAGUAUGGAUGUUCUUGGUGCCAUACAAAGAGCAGGAGCUGCACAAAGCUGGGUGUCUAAAGAACCUUAUAACAAGGAUGCAUGCCUACUUGAUUUUGAUGUGCUCUUGAUAGAGCCUCGCAAGCUGGAGAAAAACCUGCUUGUUCCCAUCAUGUGGUGGACUAAUGUCAUUAAUUUAGCCAAUCAAAGGGACCAGAUUAGGUUGGCCGUAACUCUGGCCUUCUAUGAUAAGUACAUGAAGCUGCCUUCAAACUGGAAGCGCACAGAUGGUAACACUGAUAUCCUCAACUUUGAUGGACCAAGAAUGUUUGUUCUGAAGAUGGACGUCAGCGUGAGCAAUCAGGCUACGGUGCAACCUGGCAGCAAUACCGUCAUCAGAAAUCUGAAGCCAUACUGA